AAAAAAUUUUACUUAUAAAAAUUUAAAGUCGAUGGGUAAAUACAAGUUUUGAAAAAAGCAUAUAUUUUGCAAAUAAAAAUAUAAUAAAAAAAAAAUAAGUAAAACAAUAAAGAAAACUAACAAAAUUCUAAAAUAUAAAUUAAAAAAAAAUGAAUUCGGACAAUCAAUGCGGGGGAAAUACAUGUGUAACACCAGGGUGUCCAGGCUGUCCAGCCUGUACAACACCGAGAACAUGCGAUGAUAUACGGCUCGAACCAAAAAAUUUACCAGUUCCCAUAUGUGCACCGAAAAACUGUCAUAUAUUUGGAAUACAUGACGAAUAUAAACCAGACAAUAAAUGCAUUCCUGCAAAAAAGCGAAGAAUUGACAACUCAUUGGGGUCCCCUAUUGGUCUAGUAAAAUCAUCAAUUCUUCUCAAAACUACAGAUGACAAAAAAAUGCAAGCACAGCGUUUUGCAGUUUAUUUAAAAGCUUUUGCGAAAACAUAUAUAAUGCCUGAAAGCGAUUGGAAUACUCCGGCAAUUGACGCUACUUUAAAAGAAGGACAAAUAUUAUAUACGGAAUCAAUAAAGGGUGGAGUCGAGCAUAAUGAAGCCGAGUCAUCUUCAAUCUAUUCUGAAACAGAAUUAAAAGUAAGUCGGGCGUUCAACGUAGGUGAUUUUGUUUUCAAUAUCGAGUUAACUGAACCAGACAAUAAAUUCACAGUAAACAAAAUUGAAGAAGGGGAGAAUCCAGAAAACGAUUUAAAUAUAUCAGAAUUUCGGUCCAUUUUAAAGUCAUUUUUUCAUAAAUGUAAAUAUGGUUUGCUUAAAUUUCGUUCUUGGUAUUUGUUAGUUUGGAAAUCGAGAGGAGUGUAUUUUAUAUUUGAUUUCAAUGGAAGGAAUGCCGUUAACUUUGUCUCAAAUCGUGAUAACGGUUUUGCAAUGUUGCUAUGUUUAAAAAGUAUUGAUAAUAUCUCCCACUUAGUAACGAAUUUAAGCAAUUUGGCAGAAAAUUCAACAUUUACUUUACGCGAGGUAAAAGUUGUAAAACUGGUCAGUCCAGAUGGCAGAGUUAUGACAAUGGAUAUUGGCGUUCGCCCAAAUCAAUAUGAAGUCAUAAGUUCUGAUUAUGCUUUUUUAAAGUCUGCUCUCCAUUUGUCCCUCAACCGGAAUGCGCCAUUAAGAAAUCGAAGUUCCUUUCCAACGGGAAUAGCAGUAUUGCUGGCAGGAAAAAUAGAUCAUCCCGGUACAUGGAAGGAAAAAAUUCUAGAUAAACUUAUAUGCUAUGGUGUGAAUUUGUUCAGAUAUUGUUGGCCACAACCUUUAAACACAACGGAUGAAAUAAGAUUUGAUCAACUUCCUCAAGAAAUUAAAAUCGGACAAUUUGCACUGAAAUUCUCUUUAACUCCUAAACUGUGGGAAGGUACAUGGAAAUGUGUACCAAGAUAUGAAAAGAGUGAACUUAAGACGGCUAUAGAGACAAGUUUUAAAAAUUCGCAUAACAAUUUGUUACUGCAAAUUAAUCAACAGAUGUAUGCUAUAAUGAAAAAAAAUAAUUAUAUCUAUUUCUUUGAUCCAUACCGUCACAGAGUAAUUGGCAGUGAAACGCCAAGUGAAAAAUAUGCUACUUUACGAAUGUUUAGGUAUAUGGAUACAUUCUUAAGUGUUUUAACGCAAAUAUUGCUUGAAUCAAACCGAACAUCCAGGUUUUUUAUACAUAAACUAGAAGUAUCACGCAUACAGCAAGUUGUAUUUACUGAAGGAGUACCGGCAGUGCAUCCAGUUGAAUGCAGCACUGGUGAUACUAUUUCUUUGAACGAAAAUAUUUGCUUCGAUGAUGAUGAAACUGAAUGCUUACCAGAACUUGCAGAGAUUAGUGACUAUGAAGAUGAAUCACUUCUAUCUGAUACCGAAGAGCCUAAGAGUGAGACAGAUGAAUCAGAAGAAGAACCACCAAUGGGUGAAGAAGAAGGCGGACUGGAUGAAUUUGGUGGAUUUGACACUAGCGAUGGUGGUGGCGGUGGUCUUCGUUCACGUAGAGGAAAAAGAAGAGGUGGUAGGAUGAGAAAAGGCGGUAGAAGCAGAAGCAGAAGAACCAGAAGCAGAGGUAGAAAAAAGAGGAGAGGCAGAAGUAAAUCAAGAAAACGAAGAGGUAAAAAGAGUCGUUCUCGUUCUCGUAAAAGAAAAGGUAAGAAGCGAAGAGGUAAGAAACGAAAAGGUAAGAAACGAAAAGGUAAGAAACGAAAAGGUAAAAGCAAAAAGAAAGGAAAAAAGAAGAAGGGUAAAAAGGGCAAGAAGAAAAAAGGCAAAAAAAAAGGUAAGAAGAAGAAGGACAAGAAAAAAGGCAAGAAAAAAGGCAAGAAGAAAGAUAAGAAGAAAGGUAAGAAAAAAGGUAAGAAAGAUAAGAAGAAAAAGAAGAAGUCCGAUAAAGACAAGAAAAAAAAGAAGCAAAAGAAAGAGAAGAAGCCAAAGAAAGAUAAAAAGUCAAAGAAGCCGAAGAAAGAGAAAAAGGAAAAGAAGAAAAAAGAGAAAAAGGAGAAAAAGAAAAAGGAGAAAAAGGAGAAAAAACAAAAACCUGAGAAAGAUAAGAAAAAGAAGCCGGGAGACGAAAAGGACGAUAAGAAAGAUAAGAAAGAUAAAAAAAGGAAAGGUGAUAAGUCAUCAGAUGACGAUAAGUCCAAGGGUGAUGAUCAAUUUGCAAAACUUGGAGGUGAAGGAGAUAAGAAAAGUGGAUUUGGUGGCGACUAUAGAGGAGACGGAGAAUAUGAUCCACGUGAAUAUGGAGAUAUUACUUAUAAUCCUAACGCAUAUCCAGGAUUUAGCAAAACUCCAAAACAAAUGGCAGUUGUUGGUUCGGAAAAUGGUUCAUAUGAAAGUAUCUGUAAACUUCUGCGUGCUGGUUUUAAAUGUGCAGACCGUGUUUUAACAAUGACUCCAUGGGGAAAUUAUGUUGUAUUUCGAGGCUAUAAAAUGUUUGAUAAGAUCUACUUUCUAUUUGACGGCUGCACAUGCAAUGUUAAUCGUUUCCGACAUUUAAAUCUUGCUUGUGGUACUGCAGGUUUGCUAAAUUUCAACAAUCUCCAUACCGUCGUUUGCUAUAUAAUCGACGCAAGAAAAGUUCCAGAUUGCCUUAAGAGAGGCCGAAAAGAUAUUGUGCAAGAAAUUUGCAAUGAAUUUUGUUGUAAAUAAAUGGUUUAGAAUAAUAACUACCUAAAACGGAAUUUCAGAUUGGUGUUAUAAUCUGUAUUUUCCCACGCUUAUAUAUGGAAUAAGAUAUCCAUAUUUAAAAGUAAAAUCUUUUUAUAUAUAAUUGUAAUAUAUUUGAGAAAU